AUGGCCAACACCUCCAGCGCGUCAAGCGAAAGCCAUCUCUCUAUCCUUAUGCGCUUUGCGCACGCGACAUUCUUUACUAAUACCCACCAUGGCCCGAACGCCGGUUCAUCUCUCUCAUGGGAAGCAAGGUGUGUUUCUGCCGCUAGUCGCUACAUUUAUCACGCCCUUAUUAACGGCGGAGCAGAAUACCUCGAGCGAGUUGCAGCCCUGAAUGGUCGUGUCUUCGACACUGAUCCAGUCGUCAAGUACAUGCUGCUCGAUAUGUCGUUUGAAGAGCGGCUCGCAUACCUCCCGACAUACUGGUCCACUCUGGUCAGGUCUGCGCUCAUGAACGAUGCGCUGAUUACAGAGGCCGACGGGUGGAAAGCUGCUUCGGUCAUUAUUCCACCGGGGAAGGCUAUUGAAAACGUAUGGACGCUGCUCUAUGCCGGCUUCCUUGGUGUCUUGUGGAAGAUUGGCUUUGCGGGUUUGAAGCGACUGUGGAUGGAAUUCUCUGGAAUGACUGACAACGCCAAGAUGAAGGGUCUUCAUGGUCAGAGGCGGUACUACUAUGUCUUCAGUAUCGGCACCGAGGGAGAAUAUCGCGGAAAAGGUCUUGCCAAAGAGAUCAUGCGCCAUCAUCAAAAUACUGCGCGCGACGAAAAUCUCCCGAUUUGGCUAGAAGCGACCAGCCCCGGCUCUCGUCAUUUGUACUUAUCGAUGGGAUUUCAAGAGGUCGAGGAGAUCGUUCUCGGAAAGGGGAAGGUUGGUGCGGAUGCCAACACCAAGCCUGGUGGCUCUGGCGUCCCACUUUGGGCUAUGGUGUGGUGGCCAGAAUCCUCUGAAUUUGCGACUCAAUCAUGA